UAGAUGCUAUUAUUGACUAUUCUGUAGGUUACGAGUACUCCAUGCUGAUUGGUUUAAGUAUCUAAAUUCCAUUCCCUGAUUGGUUCCCAAACCGCACACGUACGGGUAACAUUUCGUCACUGCGUGGAAAGGACCGGGAAAAAUCAUUUCGCAACAUGAAACCUCUCAUGCUCCAAGGGCACACCCGUGCCAUCACCCAGAUCAGGUACAACCGGGAGGGGGACCUGCUGUUCUCCUGUGCCAAGGACACCAAGCCCUGCGUGUGGUACUCCAUCAACGGGGAGAGACUGGGCACCUACAACGGGCACAACGGGGCCGUAUGGGCGCUGGACAUUGACUGGCAGACCACCAAGGUUCUCACCGCAGCAGCAGACAACAGUGCCAGGCUCUGGGACUGUGAGACAGGAAAACAGCUGUUCCAGUGGGAUACCAACAAUGCUGUGAGAACGUGUGGGUUUUCCUACAGCGGAGACAUGAUCAUGUUCUGUACUGACAGACAGAUGGGGUACAACCCAACAUUAGACAUCUAUGACAUCAGAGCAGGGGAACAGCUAGCAAACAAUGCCCCACUGCUGAGCAUCCCGAUCGAGGGCCCAAAAGUCACAUCGGCUGUCUGGGGAGGUUUGGAUGAGUACAUCAUCACAGGUCACGAGAGCGGCGAGUUCAGUCAGUUUGAUGUCAAGUCAGGGGAGAGAGUAAGGAACGUAAAGAUCCACAGCAAGCAAAUCAACGACAUCCAGCUGAACAAGGACCGCACCAUGUUUGUCAGCGCAUCGAAGGACACCAAUGCCAUGUUGUUUGAUGCUGACUCCCUUGAUCAUCUCAAGACAUACAAGACAGAGAGACCAGUCAACUCUGCUGCCAUGUCACCACGAAUGGACCAUGUUGUUUUGGGAGGUGGUCAGGAGGCUAUGCAGGUUACCACCACAUCCACCCGUAUUGGCAAGUUCGAUGCACGCUUCUUCCAUCUCAUCUUUGAAGAAGAAUUUGGUCGGGUCAAAGGCCAUUUUGGUCCAAUCAACAGCGUGGCAUUCCACCCAGAUGGCAAAAGCUACAGCUCUGGUGGAGAGGAUGGUUAUGUCCGGGUGCACUACUUUGAUCCACAGUAUUUCGAGUUUGAGUUCGAGUUUUAGAAAUGUAGCAGUCCUUUAAUGUUCUAAUCCACAAAUAUCAGUACAUUUAAUAUUACAUGAUCACGAUAUUUCUUCACAUUUAUUGAUAUGUAUUCUGUGUAUUGAGUGCUACAUGUUUUAAGGCAGGCUACAUCAUUUCGUGUGGGAAUGAAUGAAACAAAUUAUUAUAGCCACAUUAAAAGAUCACAAAUUUUUACAACUUGUGGAAACUUCAGUGGUGUCAAGUUGGCUGAAUGGUUAUGGUGUUUGGCCCAGAAGCUAGAGGUCCUGGGUUCAAACCAUGUAACAUGCCACCAGUGUUACCAUGCCCUAGACACAGUCCCCAUGGCCUCAAAAAGACAGUGAGACUACCAUACCCUUGCCCUUUUUUGUAGAAAUUGGUGCUUGCUGAAAUGUUGAACUAUGAAAUGAAAGAGGUUGACCCUUCACUUAAAAAAAUUGACAGACUUAGUCUAACUCAGUAAGUAAACUUAGCCAGCAUUGUUCAAAGAAUGUUAUCUUCUCAAGUAUACCUGAAGUUGGCUAUAGUUUGACUACAUAUUCAUGUAUGCCUGUUCUGUAGACAUCAGAGAGAGAGAUGCGGAAUCAUGUAAGUGCAAAGAACAUUUCAAUAAAUGUUGAAGAAGCUUA